CGUGAAUGCCAAUUCCCUUUCCCCCUCUCCUCUUCUUGCUUGCUUAGCUUUCCGCAGAUUCUGCUGCUUUGUUCUUCUCUACUCUGCUUUCUCCCUGCUUUCCCCUGCCUUCAGUGGCCCGUUUUUGAGUUUUGGGUUCUCGAUCUAGAAAUCGAAACCUGGCAGCUGAAGACUGUGUUCUUGCUGCUGUCACUCGUGUCCUUGUGGAAAAGGUCCCUCCUUUGCCUCCACUUUGGUUGACCUCCCUUUUCUUGGGAUCCGCUCUUCUGGUACCUGCGGGAGAAACUCUGCCAAAAUUUCCUCUAAAGAUUCUGCUCUUGGGGUCCAAAACCUCGCCAAAAUCUGGCCUUUACUUCAUCUUUGGUAUAAAAAUUCGAUCUUGCUACUGAAAUCUCGCCGGGGUAUUCUUCUGUUCUUCCGGUUCCAAGAUCUGAUCUUUUCGUGCCUCCCCUGUUUUCUUCACAUGCAGUGUCUGUUCCUCUUGAUGUUUCUAAUUGAUGUCGCCUAUCCUAAGUGAGAUCCUUCUCUGUGGGUUUAUGAUAAAUUCCAGUCUCAGGCGGAGGACCCAUCUCGUUCAAUCCUUCUCCGUCGUCUUCCUUCACUGGUUUUAUGUGUUUUCAUGAGCUUGUUCUGAGAUCUGAGCACUUGGACUCUGUCCAUCUUUUCACAUAUACAGUCUCCUACUUUUCUUAUUAGUGUCAAUUCUGCUAUAUACUUUUACUAUUUAUCUAUAUCUCCACCCAAAAUCUGGCAUUAAAAUCUAAAAGACUGCUAAAAAAGAUUUAAUCUUUCACCGUAAAAAGAAAGUUUCCAUGGCUUCUCCCGGUGGCACUUCUUCAGGGUCCAGCCUGCUGCAGAACUCAGCCUCCGAGGAGGAUCUGCAGGCAGUGAUGGACCAGAAGAAGCAAAAGAGAAUGAAAUCGAACCGCGAGUCCGCGAGGCGGUCAAGGAUGCGCAAACAGAAGCGUUUGGAUGAUCUCGCGGCACAGAUAUGCCAGCUGAGGAAGGAGAACAGCCAGAUCUUGACAUCCUUGAGUCUCACCACAAAGCACUUUUUUGCCGUGGAGACUGAGAACUCUGUCCUGAGGACUCAGAUGAUGGAGCUCAGCAGCAGGCUGCAGUCUCUCAAUGAGAUCCUCCACUGCUUGAACGGAAGCAACACCAUCAGCAAUGGCCUCUUCUGUGAUAGCAAUCAGAUCAAUAACAGCUCCAUCACUCCAUGGAACCUCAUGUGCAUGAAUCAGCAGCCCAUCAUGGCCUUAGCAAACAUAUUUCACUACUGACAGAUCAUAAUCCACUAAUGAUCUGUAUUUGUUGGUUCUUGCCAAUGAAUUGGUGUAUAUUAGCUUUUAGAACUUGUUGGACACGAAGGCAAAGAGUUGGGAGUGUCUUGAGACCUUCGGUCACAGGUUCUGGUUUGUAUAUGGUAUAUUACCUGCAUAUGCAUCCAGAACUACUGUUGUAAUAUACUUAUUAUAAUAGAUCAAAAGCCUAUGUUCUUGACAAA